GAGGCGGCGCCGGGCAUGGGCAGGGGACGCGGCGGCCCCACGGCGGGGGCAGCGGGCGGCGGGGGCGGAGGCGGCGGCAGCUAGCGCCCUGCCCGGCGCCGCCUCCCUCGGCGCGCUCGCCCGGCGGGACCCGCAGGCGGCGGACCGGCCCCAGGUGGUGGAGAGUUGGGGAGAAUCCAGAGGACACAUCGUCAUCAUUUCCUCCUUUACCUUCUUACUGCCGAGGCUGCCUUGAAAGGCUCUGCCUCCCUGAAGGAACCGCUCCCGGUGACCCAGGCUCAGCGCUAAGACGCUGUCAUCACAGGUUGCGUUUCCAGAACCAUCUAAGCAACAUGGUAGACACAGAAAGCCCGAUUUGCCCCCUGUCCCCCCUCGAGGCUGAUGAUCUGGAGAGCCCAUUAUCCGAAGAAUUCCUGCAAGAAAUGGGAAACAUCCAAGAGAUUUCUCAAUCCAUUGGGGAGGACAGUUCCGGAAGCUUCAGCUUUACAGAAUACCAGUAUUUAGGAAGUGGCCCGGGAUCAGAUGGAUCUGUUAUUACAGACACCCUCUCACCAGCUUCGAGUCCCUCGUCGGUCACUUAUCCGGUGGCUCCAGGCGGUGCCGAUGAACCUUCCAGCGUAGCCCUGAACAUUGAAUGUAGAAUCUGUGGGGACAAAGCCUCAGGCUACCAUUACGGAGUUCACGCGUGUGAAGGCUGCAAGGGCUUCUUCCGGAGAACGAUCCGACUAAAGCUGGCGUAUGACAAAUGUGACCGUAGCUGCAAGAUCCAGAAAAAGAAUCGAAAUAAGUGCCAAUACUGUCGUUUCCACAAGUGCCUUUCGGCUGGGAUGUCCCAUAACGCAAUUCGUUUUGGACGGAUGCCAAGGUCUGAAAAAGCAAAACUGAAAGCGGAAAUUCUCACAUGUGAACACGACCCAGAAGAUGCUGAAACGGCGGAUCUGAAAUCCCUCGCCAAGAGAAUUUACGAGGCCUACCUCAAGAACUUCAACAUGAACAAGGUCAAGGCCCGGGUCAUCCUGGCGGGGAAAGCCAACAACAACCCGCCCUUUGUCAUACAUGACAUGGAGACACUGUGCAUGGCCGAGAAGACUCUGGUGGCCAAGUUGGUGGCCAACGGCAUCCAGAACAAGGAAGCAGAAGUCCGCAUCUUCCACUGCUGCCAGUGCACGUCCGUGGAGACCGUCACGGAGCUCACGGAGUUCGCCAAGUCCAUCCCUGGCUUUGCAAACUUGGACUUGAACGACCAAGUCACUUUGCUGAAAUACGGAGUUUAUGAGGCCAUAUUUGCGAUGCUGUCUUCUGUGAUGAAUAAAGACGGGAUGCUGGUGGCAUAUGGAAAUGGUUUUAUAACUCGUGAAUUCCUAAAGAGCCUAAGGAAACCGUUUUGUGAUAUCAUGGAACCUAAGUUUGACUUUGCGAUGAAGUUCAACGCGUUGGAACUGGACGACAGUGAUAUUUCCCUUUUUGUGGCUGCUAUAAUUUGCUGUGGAGAUCGGCCGGGCCUUCUCAACGUGGGACACAUUGAAAAAAUGCAGGAGGGCAUCGUGCACGUGCUCAAACUUCACCUGCAGAGCAACCAUCCAGACAACAUCUUCCUCUUCCCAAAGCUCCUGCAAAAAAUGGCAGACCUCCGGCAGCUGGUCACCGAGCACGCGCAGCUCGUACAGGUCAUCAAGAAGACGGAGUCUGAUGCCGCCCUGCACCCGCUGCUGCAGGAAAUCUACCGGGACAUGUACUGACGGCUGCGAAGCGAUCGGCGAAGCGCGCGGCUCUCCGAGGGUCUUUCCGAGGCGACAGCCCUACCACGCGAGCAGCGGGAGCCAUGCCCACUUUGCACAAAUUCCACCGUUCUCACCUUAGAGAACGGGACGAAAGCUCUAGGUAACCGGAACCCUAGUCCGCAUUUCUCUCUCUCUCUCUCUCUCUUUCUUUCACACCAGGACUUCUCAGAGCGUGCCCAGUACUGACAAGCUGGUGACAAGUGGCUAAGAUGCAGUUCUUGGGAAGUCAAGGGGAGUGACGCGCAGCGGUCUGGCUUUGACUCACCCGGUGUUAGUGCAAAUUUCUUCACGUCGCGUUGGCAAUUUACUGUCGGAUUAACUGGUGACCUCGACAUACGUGGUCGGCCUCCUCUUUUCCCCACCUUUUGACCCUUGUGCUCCUGUAUCGUUUUGAAAACUAAUCAGCACUUUUUAACUUUUAUGAUCCUGUAAAUCUAGAGGAACCCAAAGGUUAGGUAUGUAAAAAGCGGUAAAAUAUUUAUUGGGAAGGUGUUAAUUCUGUGUCCCGCGUUUGAGGAAAGACAGCAUGCUGGUUUUUAAUCGGGGGAUUUAAAGUUUCCGAGAUAUGCCUGAUAAGCCAUCGGGAUGCAGCGGCCGGUUGGUUUUCGCUGUCUUUGUGGUUGUAGCUAGUGCGCGGCAAAGGCCGUUUCCAGGUUUGUGUGGAAGAUCCCAGGAAGCCACGUCCCAAGACCGCCCCUGGGCUUGACGGCCUGCCCGUUUCGAGCUGGCGUCUGUGGGCAGCAGGAGCAAGACAAACAGAAAGUAUGUCAGGCUCUCUGUUCCUCUGACCUCUGUUUCUAAACCUGAACCGACCGAGUCAGGUUGUCUGGGGGCCACGAAAGCGUUUUCAGGAGCAAACUGACAAACGGUCUGUCGAUGUUCCUCUGAGCCCUGUGUGUCAAGGCAGCUCCUUGGUCUUUUCCUGUGUCACUUUUUCAGAUGGGCAGCUUUAUUUUUUUAACCUUGGUGAGAGCAGCUGCUCCCGAGAGUGGAGAAAAUGAGGCAGACACGGGCCAGGGCAGGGGUGGUGGGGGGGCACCUGGAGAGUGAGGGGGGCAGGCACAGAGUCCUUCGUGUGGUAGCUUUCCCAACACCUAAAAUACUUGUUUCAGCCUUAAAGGUCAUUUCUCAACCUCGGUCUGGUUAGGAAAGCAGUGUUGAUCGUGGUUUUUGUCUAGAACAUAUGGACCCGGAAACACUCUCUCUUUCUGUCCACCAUGGAAGGUGAGCGUCCCAUGGGAGGGUGGCGGCAGUCCCCGCCCUCCAAGCCAGGCCGGGCUGAGCCUGCCAGGGCUGAGGCUUCCGGUGGGGGGCGGGGACACCGGCCACCUCUCCUCCCAGCAGCACUUAGGACCUGGUUGUGCCCUCAGCGCCCCUCCCCCUCUGUCUUUAGAAAAUGUGGCUCUAGCGGGUCGAUGCUAUUUGCUGUUGGAAGAAUGAUCAGGAUUGAAAUUGAUCAAGUUCCCAAGAUCGGCACCCCGGGAAUGCAGCCACAGAGAGGGCAGCUGAGGUUUCAGCUGGAAAAGGCAAACGCUACAACGGGCGCAUCCUUUUCAGAAUUAAACGUGACUGGUACUUUUCACUUUUCAUCUUGUGGAAAGAUCCAAUUAAAGGAUCUGUUGGAAGCAAGAUCCUUUGAUGGAUGACACCAUCAAGAGGUCAUCCGAAAUCAGAAGGGAGCUCAGCUUUGAGUCAGAGGCGCGUCCGCGUCCUGCCCUAGGACGGGGCUCCCUGGAUCUGUGGGGCCGAAGGGCCGUGGCUUGUCCACAGGUUCAGGGACAGAGGCUACAUUCCGAUGCCAGGUCCUUGCUGCCUCUGUUGACCACUGGCCUCUCUCCGGAGGUGCCCCAGAUAGACGCCGUUCACAGACGUGGCCUCGGAAAGUGAGCCUCGAGACCCAGGCUUUCAGAAGAGUCGCUCACACCGUCUCUAUUUUCAUGAAACUUAUUUUUGAAAACUCCUUAUUUCAUGCAUCCUGUGGCGACAGGCUGACAAAGCCACAGGUCCUGCGUUCCUAGCGUUGGCGAGCAUUUGGCACUCUCGGGGCCCAGCUAGACUCCCGGCCGCGUUCCCGGUGAAGCCACAGAGGAGGCCGCGGAGACCUCAGCUCGAAAGCCACUUGAACUCGUUCACGUUUAUCACACAUUCGUUUUAAAUAAUAGUCACUAAUCGCCACUCAAUAUUUUGGGUCACCUAUUGAAAAGUUUCUCAGACCACUGACAGUCAGGUGGACAAACUGUUCACCAGUUCAAAAUACUGUAGCAUUUCCAGUAGGGACUCUUUAAACUGCAUGCAGUGCCUGCUGGGUUUCAGUUGACGUCAGCGUGAAGUUCAGUAGAUGGGACACAACAGGUUCAAGAAGCCUCAAGCCAGAGCCCGGAGCCCUUCCUCUCCUGGUGGACUGGCCCACGGGGCGGCUCCCCUCCUCACCAAGCCACAAAUGCCAAACGCCCGGGAGGCCACAGGAUUACGAACGGCCUUCGCAGGGCUGACGAGGAUGAAUCCUGAGCCCGGGAGCCAGCCGGACCUCUCCACCCGAUUCCCCCAGCGUCCCUCCUCUUCUGCCUCCUCGGCAGGUCCGGCCGGGCGUCCCACACGCUGAAUUCUGCCCCCGCCACCCUGAGGGCUGCACGCGCCCACGGCCGUGUCGGCGAGGCCCAGCAUCAUCAAAACCAGGGUGCUGGCCACUGCAUCAGCACGCGGGGGAAUCGCCGGAGUGCCAGAGAGCUGCUCCGUCCGUCCCGCCUUGCUCGAGUGUCCCUGCAGCCUUCCUCAGACUCUUGGUUGGACGAGACGCAUCGAGAGCAUCUUCCUAAAGAGUACGUAUACGUCUACACGAGUAAGAACGUGAAGUCCAAGAGAAGAAACGUGGUGCCCAGGGCGUUCCAGAAUGCCCGCAGGAGCUGUCCCUGUGGUCAAGGGAUUCUUUUCGUUUUCAAAGCAAGAACGUUUCUUUCCGGGUUUUGGAUGCAUUUCUUACUCUGGGCCGUCCAGAACUCUAAGGAAACGAGCAAAACCUCAAGGGCCGUGUGGCGGUCCCCGGGACCGGGCAGCACCCCACGAUCUGAGCAGAAGCUCGAGGCACAAGUACAAUCCCUGGUUUAACGUCUGAUGAGAAGUAAACUGUCCCAUUCGGCCGCUACCGUUUCCCCAAAUGCACAGCGUAGCAGCUACCUCAAUGAGCUACAUCAAAAGGCACUGUCAAAGUUAAGGGGCACAAAACGCGUGGGGUCCUUCUGGAGCAUCUGGAGUCAGGCUCACCUUUCUUUGCUUGACUGCGCACAGAGAGAUGGAAGGUUAUAGCUUUCUGAAGGCACUCUUGUUGUUUAAAGGGAGCCUCGGAGAUACACGUGUGCAGAAGUCGCUGCCCCGUUUAGCGGGACAGAGUUUGAGCAUAAGCCGGGUCUAGGAGACAUGACAAAGGUCACUGCCUGCAUUGACCUGCCCCGCCGAGGGCCUCCCCUCCGCCUGAGCCUGCUGGCUGCCUAAGCCUGCCGGACGAGGGUGGGAGGAGGUGCCUCCGAGCAAACCUAGCUGGGCCGUGACUUUCCAAGGGCUCACCCCUGGUAGGUGCACCUGUGGCCCUGUGCUGACUCUGGGCCUUCCCUGCCUCUUGCUCCCUUCUUCAAACCACAGUGGCACCAAGCACAUUUGAUACUUAGCCACUGGAUACAUGAUGGUUUCCUUGUCUUGACCCUGUGGCCACACCUGUCUUUGCAAUGUCUUACGAACUUGCGUUUAAAUAGGGGGUGCACAGUUUCAACCAAGUCCGGUGCUCUCAAGACCGACUGGGCCACUAGCCUGGCCCUACGCGGGGCGCUUCCGGGGAAGCAGGGAAAGCCAGCCGCCUUCAAAGUGCCUCUUCCCCGUGUGACCUUUCAAAGCUCGGGUCCCACUAGGAAAACAUGUCCGGCGCUCAUGGCCCACCACCUACGGCAUGGACCUUUACCGCCCACAAAGCAGGCUCCCGCAGCCUCCAGCUCCCAGCCUCUUGAGGGCCUCGGCGGAGAUCAUCCCAGGUUCAAGUGGAAACAUCUGGGCUCGGGGUGAGGGCCGCCUGGCCUUGUGCGUCUUUGGCCUCGGGUGUAGCGAGCACACUUCACCUCCUACCGGCACUUCCGACAGGCAGGGUGGCCUGACCCCGUCCUCCCCUGCAGGUGUUCCUGGAGGGGUCACCUGCUUAACGCCUUUAAGUUCAUGGCAGUGAUGUCAAUUCAGGAUGGCAGGGACAUUCGACUGUCUGUGCACGUCACAGACUGAGAUCGGUGCCACCAACUGAGGGCUAUUAAGAAGCGUCCGAGGAAAUUUUUUCCACGUGGCCAGUCUUCACCGCACUGGCACUGCCCGGCGCUCGGCAGCCCCAAAGCCGGGCUCCCUGUAUUUGUUCUCCUUUUUUAAAAGUGGCCCGGCUUCUCCUAACUCUUGGUCCAAGCUGAUUUAUGGGGCUCCCCUGCCAUUUUUUUCUAAAUGUCUUUUAUUUAUUUUGAGAGAGAGAAAGUGUGCAAGCAGGGGAGGGGCAGAGAGGGAGGGAGAGACAAAGAAUCCCAAGCAGGCCCCCGUGUCAGCUCAGAGCCCGAUGCUGGGCUCGAGCUGAUGAACUGCGAGAUCUUGACCUGAGCCAAAAUCAAAAGCCAGACGCUUAAUCAACUGAGCCGCCCAGGCGCCCCUCCACUGCCACUUUAAUAGGAUUCAGGAAAAUGGUCAUCGACCCCCAGCCUGCCAAACACACCAGAGUAAGAAUUAAAGCAGUGAAUUUGGUCAGACUCGGGGUAUGGGAGGUCCAUUGCAUCACUGCCUUUCUCUGGAAACCACAAGGCAAACCAGAACGCGUUACUGAAAGUUUUAUAAGAGGGGGGAAAAAAAAAGACAAUCUUCACGCUUUAGUUUAAAGAAUUACAUAGUUCUUUCCAUUGUGAUGUUUUCGUGGAAUGCGGCAGGGUGUCUUAAGCUUCAGUUUGGUGGGGCGGGUUGAGGCUCGUAAAAAAGCCGUGGCCGUGGCCCGCGGGUCAGGACAACGGGCGGGCGAGAGGCUGCUGGCCGGGGUUACUUGCACGGCCCUCGGCCAGCUGGGGCCCUGGGGCGGUCUUCUCACCUCUAGAGCGGGGCUCCCAGCGGACCACUUGCCUCUCCACAUUUCAGUCUGAACCAAGAGAAGUGCAACCGUUUCCCACCCACCUCAGGGAAGGGGGGACCAUACCCUGUGGCCCAGCUGACGUGCAAACAGCCACGCCCUGUCGGAACUCCGCAUCCACGUUCCGUGUCUCACCUUGAUUGGAGCCACUGAAAACAUCAAGGACCCCAGGGGGCCCCCGUAGCUGUUAAAUGCCUCAUUUGCAAAAGCAAACAAACAAACAAACAACUAAGAAACAAUUUUUUUUUUUUUUUUUUUUUUUUUUACAUCAGAGAGAAUAUUAAGACCUGGGUCAGAUUUUUCCAUUUAAAAUGUUUGCUAGUUUAGGUCAAGUGUGAAAGGCUUCCCCACGUGCUUCUCCAGAGAAGGGGAUGUACCAGCCUCCUCCUCCUCCCUCACCCUUCCCUCACCCAACAACCAAACUUCAUUUCGUACGAUCGACUGCAGUAUCGCGCCAACCAGGGCAGGGACACGCCCUCCACCCUGAUCCCUGCCUCCGAGGGCACGAGGGGAGCCCCAAAGUGGGGGCAUGCGGGCCACUGAGUCUCCUGGCCCAGAGGGGGUCCCCCGGCCUCCGCGGGGCCUCUUCAAGCAGGGAGAUCACGCUCCAGGCCCAGAAGACAAGUGCGUGACCAAUCUUUCCAGAGUAAAAUCGUUCACUUUCGGAAAACAUCUUCUCUUUUAAAAAGCACAGACGGCCUGUUCCUGUUUUCAGGCAUCAUAAAAAACGUACCUCACAAAAGACGAAUACCACUCAGUACCCUUCUCAGUAAGAUUACGGUAUUUGUGUUUGAGUAUCGUUAUUUUUUCUACACUGUACGGGAAAAUGAACCAUGUUGAUAGCUCUAUCUUAAAUACUGUGAUUCAAGUUUUUUAAAAAUCUAGUAUAUAAAUAUCUUACUAACUUAUAAUCAUGCGUUUAAUGACAGAGAUUUGGGAUCUUUUGAAAUCAGUAUUAGUUGACUCAUACUCUUAGCAGCCUGGCUCUUGAACCCUACUGGAAGCACAAAGGAAGCCGGAACACAACAGCUGAAAUACAACUGCACACGCACGCUCACACCGCCGGUCCUCCCUCCCGAGCCACUCGGAACUUACUUCCCGCGUCAAUCCGUUCCCUUCGUCUUAACCCCACACGCGUGAAGCACAAGCCAGCGGGCCUUCACCGUCUCUACAAGCAAGGCUGCGAGAGACCCAGGCCACAAGUCACUUACUCCUCGCAGCAGUGCCUGCCGAAGACCUGAACUAAUCCCGUGCAGUAAGUAGCUGUCUGUUCUUCAGGGAAUUAUUACCUGUGGGUUUUUACCAAAGAACUUGGGCAAUUUGAAAUCUUCUGAUGGAACGUGCGCGCCGGCUGCUUCCCUGGCAGUGCCCAGAUGGGCCAGCCCGAAGCAUAAACAGAAACCACAGCCCCCACGGCACUCCGUGUCGUUUUCAGUGCCUUGGCAAAGCUUCCUGGUGCGUCCCCCCCGCCCCUGGGAUCCACAGGGCCGUUGUACGGAAAGCCGAGGGGGAGGGUGACCCACGCACAUCAGCACAUCAGAUGGGUGCAGAUUUCCAAAGCAAGACUGAGCUUGGUUUCUUGGUGUGUUUAUCGUUACCAUUUUUAGGUGCCUUAUAUUCCCCAAGUAUUCGGGGGCGGACAGACCCCUUGUCAUAAUACUAGACGGGAGCGGUUCCAAAGCAGACCUUUUAGAGCAGGUUCUGGUGUCCUCUCUCUGGCUCUGGGUGGAGCAUGCAGGGCCUCAGGGAGCAGGGGUGUGCAGAGAAAAGCAAAGGUAAUCUUCCUAGUCACGUUAACGGAUAGUGGUUCCAAGGAAUUAGAAAAUGGCUAUAAAAUAACUUUAAUGUCUAAAAAUCUUUGGUCCUCUUCUUUUUUUCCUGCUAGGAGAUUGAACUGAUCACAUAUAUUGAUUUAUAUCCUGAGUUUGUGGGAACGUACAGGUUUGGAAUGUCCUACUGUAAGACUGAUGAAUGUAAGGAGUUAAUUUCAGGGUACAGCGUUGCCUUAAUGGUUUUAAAGAAUAAAACUAUUUUUUAAAAUUA